GUGAUGUCCUACAACCUCCUCGCGGACUCGCACGUGUGGAAGCACCGCGCGGAGCUGUACCGCGGCACGAGAGACGACCUCCUCGCGUGGGCGCCGCGGCUGCGAGGGAUCGCGCGCGAGGUGAAGCUCCUCAGACCGGACGUCCUCGGCGUGCAGGAGUGCGAGGAUUUCGACGGCGUCUCGAGAGCGCUCGCGAGCGACGGGUACGAGGGUCUGCACGCGCCGCGAUCGGGGGAGAAGCUCGACGGAAGCAGCGUGUUCUACGACUCUACUAAGUUCGAGUGCGUCGGGUUCGAGGCGAUCGACUUCUCGACGAGCGGGCUGAUGCACAACGCCGCGGCGAUCGCGCGGUUGCGGCCGAUUCGCGGCGACGGCCCGCCGAUCGUCGUCGGGUGCGUUCACCUCCUGUUCAACCCGCAGCGAGGGGAUAAGAAGCUCGGUCAACUGCGCGUGUUCAUCGAUCGCGUGGAAGCGAAUCGAGCGGCGAUGGCGGAGACGUCCGAUCGCACGCCGAGGGCGAUGCUUCUCGGGGACUUCAACGCGGAGCCGGGGAGCGAUUUGUAUCGGUUCGUCUCCAGAGGCGUCCUCGACGUGACGCGAGUCAAUCGAAGGGAAAUGUCCGGGGUUCUCGACGCGGGCGCGCGCGCGUACGAUGACGUCGGCAUGGACCGACACGACGCGCGUCAAGUCAGGGACAUGAUGACCGCGCUCGAGGGCAACCGAGGACGCGUCGCGCACUCGAUGCGCGGCAAACUGGUCAGCGCGUACGCGAGCGUGAACGGCGGGACGGAGCCUCGAGCGACGUCGUGCCACGGGAAGUUCACCGGGACGGUGGAUUACGUGUUCUUAGGCGACGGCGUGCACGCGCGGCGGGUGCUGAUGCCUCCGAGCGCGCCGACAAGAGGGAUCCCGAACGAGGAGUACCCGAGCGAUCACUUCAGCGUCGUCGCGGACGUCUUCUUCGACGAGUAG